AUGCUGUGUUCUCGUGGCACUGCCGUUCAGCGUCUUCGUGGACUAGCGGGACUCUUUCACAGCGUUCGUCCGCUCUCCAGCACGGGCAGCGCAGUGCAAGACGAGGAUGUUUACAUUCUUUCUUUCGCAAGAACGCCUAUCGGCUCUUUCGGUGGCAAGCUUGCUCACUUGACAGCCGUUGAACUGGGGGUUAUUGCGGUGAACGCUGCACUCGCGCGAGCUGCACGUCUGGAGCCGGACCUGGUCACGGACUGCUACCUGGGGCAGGUGCUUACAGCUGGCUGUGGCCAGUCGCCUGCACGUCAGGUUGCACUCCGAGCCAACUUGCCGGAAACGGUACGCUGCCUCACAGUCAAUAAGGUGUGUGCGAGCGGCAUGAAGGCAAUCACUUUAGCGUAUGAUGCAAUCCGGCUGGGACACGCUGAAAUCGUUGUUGCCGGUGGCAUGGAGAGCAUGAGUAAUGCACCCUUCUAUCUAAUGGAAAACGAGCAGUUGUUGAGUCGGCGCAAGUAUCUCAUUCGAGGCCGCCUCGCUCGGGAGCUCGGCAACCGCGUGCUCUACGACGGACUGCUCCUGGACGGGCUCCUGGACAGCUACAGCCGGCGGGGUUCGUUGAAAGGCGCAUCAACGGCAGUUGGCGCUGAAGAAGACAACGCUGACGCAGGCUAUCCCAUGAGUUACUACGCGGAUCGUUUGGCGUCGAACAUGGGUAUUCUGCGUGAAGAGCAGGACAACUUUGCCGUGCAUAGCUACUCGCGCGCCGCCAAAGCGACUGCACAGCAGCUUUUUGCCAAAGAGAUCGUGCCCGUAGAGCUGCCUACCGAGUUUGCGACGCACUCAUCCCCGGAACGCUUCUCGGACUCUAGUAGAACUACGUCUGGGGGCCCGGACACCGAAACCCAUGGCACCAUUGUGAGUCCCGAGCACCUUGCCCUGCUCAAGAGCGAUGAAGAGCUCGAACGACUCGAGCAGAUUGAUCGGAUGCCGAGGCUGGCGCCGCUGUUUCCCGGCGCUCGCCCGUCGGGUGCCAAAGGUGGCCCAGAGGGACCCGCUGGCGGCACGAUCACUGCAGGAAACGCUUCUAAGCUAAGCGACGGAGCAGCAGCGCUGGUCUUGGCCUCAGGACGAGCUGUUCGUCGAUAUAACUUGCUGCCGCUAGCGCGCAUGCUUUCGCAUGGUGAUGCUGAGCAAGACCCGGAACGCUUUGCCACGACACCGGCGUUGGCGUUACCGCUCGCGCUCUCCAGGGCCGGCCUGAAGCUCUCGAACCUCGACUACCUGGAGAUCAAUGAGGCCUUCGCCUGCGUCCCCAUUAUGGUACUAAGGUUGCUUGCCGCAACACAUGCAGCAGAGGGAGCUUUUCUGGAUCCAGUACGAGCGCGCGCCGCAGCUGCUGUGAGCGCAAGCGCUUCCAGUUCAGCAGCAGCAGCAGCAGCAGCAGCAGCAGCAGCAGCGCUUCCUCGUUCGUUGGGAUCAGCAGGUACGGGAACCAGUGCUGGUGGCGUCUCUGCACCAACGGGUCUCAGCUCGAGUGCCGCUCUACCGGAUAUCAUCAGCAGUGAGCACGUCAACGCCUGGGGUGGUGCGAUUGCGCUCGGGCACCCAUUGGGCUGCUCUGGAGCGCGCAUUGUGGUGACCCUCACGAACAUCCUGCGCAGUCGGACGGCUCGGUACGGUGCUGCAACGAUCUGCAACGGCGGCGGUGGCGCGACUGCCCUAGUUCUCGAGCGGGUAGAUAUGACGAGCGGCGGUUGA